GAGAGUAUAGUACACAAAGAAUUCAUAAAAGAUUUGGUGCAGAAAAGGUACACUCAUAAACAAAUAGGCGACUACAUUAAGUCUUUGAUGCCAGGGAAAAGAGGAAUUUCUCCCAGGAGCGUUGAAAGAUACUGUGCAGCUCACAAUAUACACUAUCGCGAUAAGAACAUAAACAGAAAAGAUGUCGACUCUAUCGUUGCUGAAGCAGUGCAGGAGGUGGGUCCCACUUAUGGGCGAAAGUUAAUGACUGGACACCUGAGACAUACAAGAGGUUUAAAUAUUGGAAUUAAUCGUGUGGGAACUUCUCUACGCAGAGUAUCAAACAAUUAUCACAUGGCAAGGCAAAUAAAUACUGCACGACUGCUUAACCCAAUCCCUUACUUUGCUGAGUACUUUGGUCAUAAGUUGCACUUAGACCAAAAUGAAAAACUGUGCAAAGGAGUACCAAACGAAAGAGCUUGUGACUAUAAAAGAACUGGUGUUAUUCCUUCUCAUGUAAUUCCAACUGUUGAAGCUGCAUCAGAUAUAGAAUAUAUAUAUAUAUUUAGAAAUGCUGGAGGGAAAUUACAAGUGGAUAGUUCAUUUGGUAGUGAUCCCCUGGCAAGAAAUAAAGAGAAGUCUUCUGCAAGAGACACACAAUUUGCAAAAUUCUACAGUUUCACCCAGAUAUUUCAUGAUGGUUCAAAUGGCAACACUGAAUUGUUUAAAAAUGGAUUGUUGUACUACAUUUAUCUGACUGAGGAGAUCACUAARAGAGGGUAAACAUCAAAGUUAACAAAAAACUUGUUUAGAUUGAUUUAAUAUGAAGUCUUAUACAGUAUCUUUACAUGUCAAAAAGUUAAUAUCACUACAGAAAUUUAAAUCACAUUAAAACUG